GCGAUAUACUCAAUAGCGGAUUGACGUUUGUGUGGUUGGGGCACGCUGCUCGCGUUGAAAGUUGUCGCGCGUGGAGACUGGCCAUUGCGGGCCUGUGUCUGCGUGGCUGGCCGCACGGGGCGCUGUUGGAACGUAGUUUCGCUCCAUUUGCUCUGAUGUGCUCGGCUUCAUCCGAAGCCCAAGUUUGAGGAUCAGUGGAUUAUCAGCACGUAGGAGCUUGUACACAGCUUGCCCUGUGAUCCUGUGGAAAUGAAAUUUGUGGACGGAUGAGCUGGUGUGUUUUCAAGCUGUGUGGCUAUCGAAUCACAUACCUGAAGCUGACUGCAAGACAUGUAGUAUUUAAGCAUUAAUUUUUAAUAUUGCUUCCAGCAGGCCCAGUAAUGAUAUCUAAAAUAUCAGUGCUCAGCACCAUAGCGGUUGUAGUUCUGUUUUGGCCAUCCUACUGUGGAUCAAUAAAGUCUUCCUUCAAAUAUAAGAUAGUCGACCUGGAAACCAACCUGGACAUGUGCUCAGGAGGCAACUCACGGGAAAGCAACAAGAUCUCCAUCUGGCCAGAUGAACCGGCCAUCAUUCGCCUUGGUCACAUGCUCAUCUACAACCCUGCCAAUGUGCAGCGAUGCGAUCUGAAGAUCCAUGCUCCGCGCGGCUACGGCGUCAGCAUGACUAUCAACAGCAUGCACUUGAACUUCCGCCGCAAUGAGUUCACCGGCUCCAUCUCCUGUCACGACUACGUCCAGUUCUUCCGCAAAUGGGACUCGUUCCUGGCCAAGGCGCUGGCCAAGGUCUCGGACAGCUUCGCCGACAAGAGUGACGUCAUCUGCCGGCAGAAUUACAAGGUGGACAUCCCGCGGCCCGAGCUCUACCACGUCGGCAAGACGGCCAACAUUUUCUAUACGCUGAAGAACAAGAUUGAGUUCAGGUACCGCAGCGGCGAGGAAAACAACCGCGACAAGGAGUUCACCAUUGUCGCCACGGCCUUCAAGAGCACCAACGGCUCCUGCCCCGAUAAGUACAUCCGAUGCGGCGUCGAGUCCAUCAGCUUCUGCAUUGCCGAUUCGUUGCGCUGCGACAGCUUCAUCAACUGCGGCUUCCCCAGCAGCGGGGUGGAUGAGCAGGGAUGCGGUGAGGACGUCUGGCACGUGGACAGUGCCAUGUCGACGCACACCUUCAUUUGGGUGACGCUGGUGCUGACGCUGGCCGUGUUCAUCUGCUGCCUGAUAUCGUGCGCCAUGCGCUGCUGGGCGGGGCCGGCCCCGGCGGCCGGCAGCGGCCAGCUCCGGCUCUGGUUCGGCAACAGCAGGUCGCCGGCCGGCAGCGGGCCGACGUCGUCGAGCGGCGGGCCGGCGCCGGCCGAGCGGCAGCACCUCUCACCGCUGCCCAGCUACGAUAGCGUGGUGCGCGACCUGGGCUCGCACGACGCUGGCCUGCAGUCGCCGCCCGCGUACAAGGACCUGUUCCCGGAGCAGGCCGGCAUCGAGAUGGUGCCGCUCGACCCGACCAAGCGGACGGCGGACGGCCGGCCGCCGCGGCCGUGACGCGCCGGGGCCAGUGAUAAACUCCUGUGAUCGGUUCAACAGCUAGCCGCGACAGCCUAGACUAGGUUCGGCUCCCGCAGUCGGACACGGGUGCACCUGCGCACAACAUCGCGUAACGGCUAGAGCGUGUGCGCGUAGGUUAGAAGAGAGGCUGGGUGGAGCGUGCCGCUGAAUGGGAAUGCAUGGUGUGUCAGCGAUAGGGGCGGCUGGCCUGCCGCGUGAUAGUGCCUUUUGCCGCUGUCGCUGUGAUGCUGCGCAGUAAUGGUAGGUGACUACGGGUCAGAUAUGUACGGCAACCUCGCUGUCGGCAUUCCUGGUGCUAAGUCUUUGUGCGGAAGUGGAGAAUGCAUUGGUUGUUUAAGCUGAAUCAGACUUAACAGUGUAGCAUCUGAAAAAGCAGUGGCAUUGUUCCGUGAUGUUUUGUGGGACCGUUUGUCAUGCGAGCUGUGCUUUCUCUUUGUCUUAUUCAUUGGCAUGAUAUGAUCGUUGAUCAUCGCCCGAUGUUGUAUAUAGUAACUGACGCGCUUCGAUCCAACGCCGGCUUCCUCUGGGCGGAGUACAACUAGAGUUCAAAUUUACGAGCUCGAUCUAAAUUCGCUGCGUUACGCCUGUUCAAUAAGAGUGCGUGUGAGGUUAUCCGUUAAGUGAUAUGGCUAGUCUAAGAUAAUCUACUUAUUUUCAUACCGGUGCUUCAUGCAAUACCAAGUGUAGUCACGUAAGAUUCGUUCCUGUGUGCCAUCCAUUCGAAUGGCUUUGAUUCAUGUACAAUAUGCCUAGUUAGGGUUGUCUGCAUCCGCGGCCAGGGUUGAAACCUAGUUGUAAUAGAGCAGUGCGUCUCGUCUGCGGUCCGACUGCUCAAGUCAGUAUUUACCAACUAUUAGUAUGCUGCGUCUUUUUCCCGGAAAUGUCGCAAAAUGUCUUCGAUCUAAGCAAGGUAGCAUGAAUGUAGUUUAUAGUCGGGUUUUCCAGUGUUUGCCUUUGAUUGUCCCGUCUUGGCGCCCUCCAGGCUCGCGAAGCGCGGCGGCUGUCGACGUCAACGGGUGCU